AUGGCCCAGCCCUGGCUCUGCUGCCUGUGGGGGCUCCUCAGCUGCAUCUGGACACGGUGGAAUCCUCCUGCAGCGCUGGCAGGAGGGCAGGAGCUCAGGUCUGCGAAGGACAGUGAUGAUGAUGAUGAAGUCACUGUCAGCGUGGACAGGGACCGCUUCAUGGACGAGUUCUUUGAGCAGGUGGAAGAAAUUCGAGGGUUCAUCGAUAAAAUUUCUGAGAACGUGGAGGAAGUGAAGAGGAAGCACAGUGCCAUUCUUGCUUCCCCCAACCCUGAUGAGAAAACAAAGGAGGAGCUGGAGGAGCUGAUGUCGGACAUAAAGAAAACGGCAAACAAAGUGCGCUCCAAGCUAAAGAGUAUUGAGCAGAGUAUUGAGCAAGAGGAAGGACUGAACAGGUCAUCUGCUGACCUGAGGAUAAGGAAAACUCAGCACUCGACGCUGUCGCGCAAGUUCGUGGAGGUGAUGUCUGAGUACAACGCCACGCAGACCGACUACCGGGAGCGCUGCAAGGGCCGGAUCCAGAGGCAGCUGGAGAUCACUGGCAGGACCACCACCAGCGAGGAGCUGGAGGACAUGCUGGAGAGCGGCAACCCGGCCAUCUUCUCCUCUGGGAUCAUUAUGGAUUCAAACAUCACCAAGCAGGCCCUGAAUGAGAUUGAGACACGGCACAGCGAGAUCAUCAAACUGGAGAACAGCAUCCGGGAGCUGCACGACAUGUUCAUGGACAUGGCCAUGCUGGUGGAGAGCCAGGGCGAGAUGAUCGACCGCAUCGAGUACAACGUGGAGCACUCGGUGGAUUACGUGGAGAGGGCUGUGUCUGACACCAAAAAAGCGGUGAAGUACCAGAGCAAAGCCAGACGGGUGAGUCACUGCCCUGGCUGGGGCCCACCCCCCCCUGCCUGCACUGCUGACACAGCAUGGUGCCAGAGGCUGGAUGUGCCGGAUGGAGCAGUGUGGGUUGAGGAGCUGCUGCUUGGGGUCAUCAUGGUUGCUUGGGAAGGGGGACAGGCCUCGCUGGGACCUGUGCUGCACUCUGGUGCUGGCCUGGCAGGGCAAGAGGGUACAGCCUUGGCACUUGGUGGCCCUGGCUCCUGCUACCCCCAGGCCUGGGCUCUGGCUGUGAAGGUUUGGGGCUGGCUCCGAUGCCUGCAGCCCAUGGCAUUGCUUGCCUGGGUGCAGGGCUUCCAGCCUCACUUCUCCAUGUAG